UAUUCCUCCGAAUACCAACGCCAUCAGUCUCUGCACAUAUUUUCGCCCUUCUCCACAAUCACAGUUCAUGUUUCAGGAACUUUUAUCUCAAUAAUUGCCAAAACCUUUGACACAAGCUGCUCGAGGGAUGCGAUCAGCUGGCUCCCUGACGAGGUUCUGGGAAACAUCUUGUCCUUACUUCCGACAAAGCAGGCUGCUUCAACAUCUCUUCUCUCCAAAAAGUGGAGGUAUGUGUAUAGAUUGGUGGAUAACCUCGAGUUUGAUGAUUCUCAACAAGAAGGGAGGUAUAAUUUCCCGGAGAGCUUCGAGAAUUUCGUGGAUCGGACACUGGCUUUGCAAUGUGACCUUCCAAUCAAGAAAUUCUCUCUAAAAUGUCACGUCGGCGAGGAGGACAAAGAACGCCUAAAGGCUUGUCUCGGCCGCUGGAUAUCUAACGUCGCAGGACGCGGUGUUUUGGAAGCCGAGCUAAGGAUAAGUCGUCGGGGUUUAGGCUUUCUGCCUCCUCAGCUCUUGUCAUGCAAAACACUGGUCAAGCUGACAAUAGGAAGACAGCUCUAUCUUGAUAAGCUUCCUUCAUAUGUUUGGCUUCCAUCACUUAAGUUUCUCUUCCUCGAUACCGCUUCCUUCCGAUACCAAUAUCUGUGUGGUGUGCUUCUUGCUGGUUGCCCUGUGCUCGAGGAGUUAUCAGUCCAUCACAAGAACUCUGUAGUAACACCUAACUCCAUAUCGAGUCCGACCAUCAAGAGACUAUCAGUUAACUUCGAUUGUCGUAGAGAGACUGAUUGUCAUAGAACUAUGUCAUUUGACCUGCCAAGACUUGUCUACCUUGAGUACUCUGAUUUUGCGUUGAGUCUCUAUAGACAAGUUAAUCUAGAUUCCCUUGUCGAAGUUAAGCUCGAUCUUCAUCUGAUAAAUUUUUAUAAUGGUUGGAGGCCGGAUAUAACGGAUCUCAUUGCCGGGUUAAGAAAUGUUGAGAUCCUUCAUGUGUCUCCUGUUUCGGCUGAUGCGAUAUAUACUUACUGUAUACGUGGGUUACCGUUGUUCGACAAUCUGGUUACUCUAUCUUUUGGGAGUAAGAAUGAGAGAGGUUGGAAACUGCUGCCAUAUCUGCUUAAACAGUCUCCAAAGCUUGAAACUCUAGUCGUCCAGGAUUUAGAUGGUUACACUGGCGGUGAUGUCUCCAUGCCUCGGAACAAAGUGAAGUCGUUGCAUAUUCUUGGUUAUCGAGGAACUGAUGAAGAGCUGAAACAGUUGAAGAUCUUCCUCGGGGAAUUCGAAUACCUUGAAGUUGUUCAAGUGGAUGUUGCAGAAGCUUCAGAGGAUGAUGAUGGCAUUAUAAUGCAAACCAAAAGCGAUCUAAUGAUGCUGCUUGGUGUUUCACUUCCAUGCAAGUGCAACUUCAAAGUCACAUAAGUCAUCUAUAGUUUAUUUAUGUUAUAUUAUGCUUUGUAACUUUUGAAACUCAUAAAAACGUCACAUUGCUCUUGCCGUUUUUCUCACACUUUUUUUUUUUCUCUCAAGUUUUGCAAUAAAUUAAGAUGUUGUAUGAACUUUAAAAUGGCAAUGAAUUAAGAUGUUGUAU